AUAAUUUUGCAAAACAGAACAAAUGGAAAACUAGCGAAUGAUACUGCACUACUUUCUUGUGAUAAAUGUCUUAAUGACACGUUUAAGACUUUGUUUAAGACUGUGGUUUGUGCUUAAGAUGGGAACAAAUUCUUUUUUGCAGAAGACUGACAAUGAAUGAAUUUCUGUGUAUUAUGUGUUUGUUCUUUAACACGACGAUAAAAUCUACAUUACAAUUUCUACGACAAGACACAGAGUGCAUCUUAAUUAUACUCUGUAUCAAAAUCUGCUAAAGCACUUAUUAAAUUAUAGUUUUACAUAUGUUUUACAUGCAAGGAAAUUAUGUUACAAGAAAGCAGAUUUCAUUGAUCGUUGAACUUUGGCCUACGUGUCAUUAAUAUGUGUCAAUAAUCUAACAUAAAGUUUACCUUUGUACUUUUCUCCUUUACAGGAGAAUAAUAAUAAGUAUUAUUUUUAUUUAUUUACUAUGUCACUGUAUUAUCAUUUUUAAAAGAUAUAUCAUGCGAUAUUAUAUCCUGCAGGUUUAGUACAUAAAUGAUAAUGGCGUGCAAUGAUAAAAAUCAUGAAGUGGCCAAAGGCGUUAGAGAAUGGAAGCAGAAUGGACAAUGUCAAGCCUCGCAGGAGAGAACUGCAGCAAAGACUGGCUUAGAUAUAUUAUAUGCAUCUGGGAUAGAUCGGCUAACCAGUACAACUGAUGUGGAAAAUGCGGAGAAAAAGAUAGCAUCGCUAAUGCAUUUUCUGAAGAAGGAUCCCAGAGCUGCCGAUUUGAAGUGGUCCCUCUUCGUAGCAGCGUCCAACACUUACCGCUUCGACAGUUGCUUAAAACCGUUUCCACCCAUGUACAUCAAGAACGAGUGCAAGGACAUCGAAGCUUUGAGAAGAGCAAUAGAAGCAGUUCCUCCUUUGCCCAUGUUAUGCAGAGAACUUGGCGAACCUAAUACGUACGAGGCUUAUCGCGAGACAAUAGAACUAGUAUAUUGGGUAUUGUUACGACUAAGAGAGCCGUACAUCAAAAGCGUGCAGAAGGAAUGCUACGAUUCGAUACUGAGGAAGGUGCCGUUCGAGAUGCCAGUCGCGACUCCAAAUCUUAUAUUCCAAGUGGAAAGUACGAAGCAAUCCGUGGCAGAGGAGAAGUGGAAGUCGAGCGCUAAGGGUCACGCGACGUUCUACGCGUACCACGGCAGCCGUCUGGAGAAUUUCCAUUCCAUCGUGCAUUACGGCUUGCAACAAAAUAUGUGCAAAAGAUCACAAUUUGGCAAAGGGAUAUACCUGUCGAGCGAAUUGGGAGUGAGCUUAGCCUACAGCCCCAUGGGUUACGGAUGGGGAGGUAGCCUUCUUGGAAGCGAGAUAAGCUGCAUAGCUCUCUGUGAACUCAUCGACCAUCCUGAUGUGAAGAGAGGAGACACGAGAGAUAAUGCACAGAACACAUUGAACGACUCAGUGGGUGGAAGAAUACCAGACAAAUAUUUUGUAGCGAUAAAUAGCGAUUUAGUAAGAGUACGCUAUCUGCUCCUCUACGCCCAAGAUCUGCCUACAUCCAGCCCUCCUGAUAGUUCGGGAUUGUUCUCAUGGUUCAAGCAACACAAAUUACUGACCUUUAAUCAUGUAAAUCAGGAGAAUAUCAAGAAUGUAAAGUCCUCGAUAACUGCUGUUCAGGCAGGCAGAACGAAGAGAGCGGUGCUAGGUGAAAUUAGCAAUAAAGUUAACACUAUGAGAGGUGGCGAGCCCAUAGAUAGGACUAGUCUAUUGCAAAAGGAGAAGAAGAAGGUGACAGUGUCGCAUCGGCCAGUUGUCAGAGUGGAAAACUUGCCUGAGAAGCCGCCGAUGAAAAUUGUAAAACCAGUUAUCAAACCCAUAUCUUCCAACAUGGAUGAGAACUCCAAUACAACAACUACUACCACUACAACUACAACUACCACUUCUACCACUUCUGCUACAACUACUCCUACAAUUGUACCACCGGCUGCUGCCAGCCAAAAGAAAGAAGGCAGAAAAUCAUUUUCAACUGACCUAUUGAAGUUUGAAGACAUUGACGAACCAGAUAAGGGGAACCCCAUCCUAGUUUCCCUUUAUACCAACGACAUACACGAAUACUUGAGAUCGCUAGAGCACGUGUUCCCUGUUAAAAAGGGAUACUUGACGGGUCAAGAAGUCACUCCCAAGAUGAGAAGCGUACUGGUGGAUUGGUUGGUCGAGGUGCAUCAACAAUUUCGACUGAUGCAAGAAACAUUGUAUCUUACUGUUGCGAUCAUCGAUCGCUUCUUGCAGUCCUGCAGAACUAUAGAUAGAAAGAGAUUGCAGCUGGUAGGCGUGACGGCUAUGUUCAUUGCCAGCAAGUACGAGGAAAUGUAUUCACCGGAUAUAAGUGACUUUGUAUACAUCACGGACCAGACAUAUAUGAAGUCGGACAUACUGCAAAUGGAGAUGCUCAUUGUGAAAACUCUGGAUUACUCGUUCGGCCGACCAUUACCACUGCACUUUCUUCGGAGAUACAGCAAAGCCGGGAAGGCGCUUCCUAUACACCAUACGAUGGCCAAGUAUUUCCUGGAGCAAAGCUUGGUCCACUACGAAAUGUGCUAUUAUCCACCUAGUCUCAUUGCUGCAGCGGCGAUAUAUCUAGCAUUCCUAAUAAUCGGUAACGAAGAAGACGAAGAGAAAGAAAUCUGGACAAGUACACUAGAACAUUAUAGUACCUACUCCAAGGACGAUGUGUUACCUGCGGUACACGAUAUAGCUGCUAUAAUAACUAAUGCAGAAAAGAGCAAAUAUCAGGCUGUGAGGAAGAAAUACGGUCAGGGGAAAUACAUGAAAGUUAGUGUUCGACCAGAGCUCAAGUCGCCAACUAUGCUUGCUCUUGUGGCAACGAGCAAUGAAACAUAAGAUUUGUAAUAAAAUAUUUGUGACAUUUCUACGAUGUUAAGACAUUUUCAAUAAGAUAUUUAUUUGUCGCAUUGAAUGUCGCAUCGUGAGUACAAUAAAUCUGAUUGCGGACGAUACGAUGGAAAUGAAAGAGAGAGAAUGUGAGUGAGAGAGAGAGAGAGUGUAUAUUUUAAGGCGCGAUAAAUUUUAUCACAAUGAUGAAUGUCAUAGACAUUUGAUGCACAAAUUACUUAUUGAAGAGUCUAUCGUUUACGGUCACAAAGUAGAAAAAAGGAACGUAUUUAGAGAUUAUAUACAAAAGUUUGUUAGUAUAAGCAUAAAAAUUUAGUCAGGUAAUACUGAUGGACUUUAUUUUGGACUGCCAUAGUGCAACUAGGUACAACGGAAAUCGUAAGAUGCACUUUUAUAAAUGAAUAUUAAAUAAAGCUUUUAAUUUUUAUUCCUAGCUGAUUAUAAACAUAUAUUUUAAUUUUGAUACAAGUCCUACACAAAUACUUUUAAUGUUAUCGUAUGAAAAUAUGUGGGUAUUCCAAGACAUAUAUAUACUUCAUCUUUUGUGCUUUUAUAUCCAUAUUUUCUCAAAUAUAACUUUUUUCAUUACUAGUAUGAGAGGGUGUCAAUUUUACUGUUUCAUAAUGCGGAUUGCACAAAAGUUAUGUAUCAAAAUAAGAAUAAAAAUUUUUCAGGGGA